UCAUUCUACACGACUACAUUCGCCUAUAAUUAAGAAUCAUGACCCAGACAGUUCAAGUCCCUCACCUUGGCGGCAUCAAGGCGGGAUAUGCCCUUGCGCGCGAGUAUGAUCCUUCCAAGCCAACUUGUGUGCUAAUCAACUCGAUGUGCAUGACGUCCGCCUUGUACAAGCCCCAGUUUGAGGAUGAGAAGUUGACCCGGGCGACGAAUCUGCUUGCCAUUGAGCCCCUGGGCCAUGGUGCGACUAGCUGUGUCUCUGAGCAUUUCACCUACUGGGAUUCAGCCAUCAUGGCAAUCCAAGUGCUAGAUGCACUUGGUGUUAAGAAGGCCUUCGCGCUAGGAACUAGCCAGGGAGGCUGGAUUGUGACCAGAAUGGCACUGUUGGCACCAGAGAGGAUCCAAGGUAUUCUUCCACUUGGGACGUCAAUGGACUACGAGUCCUCCGAUUCACGAAGCAAGGGAUGCUGGGAUCCGGCUUCUCUGUUGUCCCCAUUUUAUGUAAAAUGGACAAGUGAGACAGCAACCCCAGAGUUCGUGGUGGACGACGUUUGGUGUGGCAUGGUAGGAGGGGUUGGAUUCGGGGCCUUUGCGACCGAGGAGGUCGUUGAAUUCUGGAAACAGAUCCUCCAGGAGGUGUACCGGGGAGACGAGGGGCGAAAGAAGGUCCGAAUGGCGCUAAAUUGUCUUCUAGAACGGGACGGAUUGUUGCUACGUCUCCGGGAUAUCCAGUGCCCCGUCUACUGGCUUCAGGGUACUGAGGAUACUCCAUUUGGCAAAACGGUUCCCGCAGAGCAGAUUAAACUAUUCACACGGUCGAAGGAGGCCAAACUGCAGAUGAUUGAGGGGGGAGCCCAUUACCUCAACGCGACUCACCCAGAGCCCGUCAAUGGGGCCAUUUUGGAGAUGGUGCAGAAGUAUGCUGGCCUGUAGGAUACAAUCGAAGUGUGUACUUAUUGGACCUCUAAACACCAAGACGGAUAUUUGGAUCUUGGUGGAUUUAUGCCGCUAUAUUUAGUAAGUGGAUGCUAUGUAUCCGAGAAGGAUUUGGAGCAUCCAGACUAGAUUCAUUUCUGCCGAAAGCAUUGAAGCUCGCAGGUGAAAAGUGUGAAGUAGUAUAUCUCUUAACUCUCAGAGUCCUAAG